AGAAGUUUUCUUGCAUGUUUUCUAGAAUCCAAACAUAAAUUAAAGGGGAAAAUUCCCAGUUGAACUGCUGAUGAUCGUUACAUUCAAGUUCUCUCUCUCUCUCUCUCUCUCUCUCUCUCUCGCUAUCUGAGUCUCUUCCUUGGAUUCAUCUAUGGCUUACGAAGAAAGUUCUUAGUUCUUACUUGUGAGAGCACAGAAAGGCUAAAGAUUUCAAACAAAAAAAAAACCUUUUGGAGAAUCGAGCUGUUGGGUUCUCAGAUUCAGUGAUGGGUAUUGUCCUCUGAGGAACUGAAACCACUGCAACUUGAUCCUUCUUUUAUCUACGUUCUUGUCGGUUGAAUUUCUUCUUUAACUCGCAGUCUUUACGAGAAUCUGGGGAUUCUCCGAUUUCAUUUCUGAGGAAGUUGGGUUUUGUUUUGUUUUCACCUGCUGAUUGUUCUUGGAAUAAGGUUGUUCUGUUGAUGUGAAGCUCGACUUUGUAUGUUUAUGUUAAUGGGUCUCUGUUUCUGGGGAUAAAAUUUCCAUGGAUUGGUCAAGGUGAUACGAAAGUUGGUGUCUUUAGAUUUUGGGGAGGUCUUGUCUUUUGGGAUUAGGGCUUUCAGAUUGGGGGAAGUGACUUCUGUUAAGAAAUUUGUUGAUAACGACGAAAAGAAUCGGUCAUAAUAUGACUAUAAUGGAGGAGGAGAAUGGUUCAAGGAGACCAGUGAUGGAGAAGCAACAGAGUUUCCGAGUCGAGAAUCACCCGACCAAAGGAAGAGCUUUGAAGAAGCACCUGAGUUUCGCCGGCGUGGAUGUAGAGAAUCAGCCAAGCAAAGGAAGAAGAUUGGAGAAACAACAGAGUUUUCAUGGCGCAACCAUGGAUAAUCAGGACCAGAACCAGCCAAGUAAACCUGGAGUUAUGGAGAAACACCCGAGUUUCGGUAGGGCCAUGGAGAGGCAGAAAAGCUUCCGAGUCAUCAUGGAGAGACAGCUGAGUUUCAUGGCUGGUAGUGAGGGGAAGAAGAAGAAGAACGAGUCACCUGGUAAAAGAGGAGACUCGCCUCUUCAUACUGCAGCUCGAACAGGGAACUCGAGCAAGGUUAAAGAAAUCAUCCAUAGUUGUAAUAACAGCGAAUGUCUGAAACAGAUAAUGUCAAAUCAGAAUCUAGAAGGAGAGACUCCUCUUUAUGCUGCAGCAGAAAAUGGGGUUUUGGUUGUGGUUGAGGAGAUGUUAAAGCAUAUGGACCUUGAAACAGCGUCGAUCUCAGCAAGGAACGGUUUCGAUCCUUUCCAUGUCGCGUCAAAGCAGGGUCAUCUCGAUGUGUUGAAGAAACUGGUGGAGACAUUCCCAAACUUGGCCAUGACAACAGAUUUGUCGUGUACAACUGCCUUGCACACGGCUGCGACUCAAGGGCACGUCGAAAUCGUGAAUCUUCUCCUGGAGACGGAUUCUAAUUUAGCUAAGAUAGCUAAGAACAAUGGCAAAACGGCGCUUCAUUCUGCAGCUCGGAUGGGGCAUUUGGAAGUGGUCAAGUCUUUGAUAAGUAAGGAUCCAAGCUCGGGAUUCAGAACCGAUAAAAAAGGGCAAACGGCACUUCAUAUGGCUGUUAAGGGUCAGAACGAAGAGAUCGUUCUCGAGUUAGUGAAGCCCGAUCCCACUGUCUUGAACGUGGAGGAUAAUAAAGGGAAUGCACCAUUGCAUAUCGCCACAAACAAGGGCCGUACCAAGAUAGUGAGAUGUCUGGUUUCAUUCGAUGCCAUCGACGUUAAAGCUAUAAACAAAGCAGGAGAGACAGCGCUUGAUAUCGCGGAAAGGAUCGGAAAUCAAGAACUUGUGUCGGUCCUGAAGGAUGCGGGAGCCGAGAGAGCUAAAGAUCUCGGGAGGCCUCAGAACCCGGCUAAGCAACUCAAACAGACGGUAAGCGACAUAAAACACGAGGUCCAGUCUCAGCUCCAACAGUCUCGGAAGACGGGAUUCAGAGUUCAGAAGAUCGCGAAGCGACUGGAGAAGCUUCACAUAAGCGGUCUGAACAACGCUAUAAACUCUGCAACCAUCGUGGCUGUCCUCAUCGCGACUGUCGCGUUCGCAGCCAUCUUCACAAUUCCGGGGCAGUAUGAAGAGGAUCCGUCGAAAGGGUCGGUUUUAGGACAGGCUCGGAUAGCGGACAAGGCACCAUUCCUCGUAUUCUUUGUCUUUGACAGCCUUGCCCUGUUCAUAUCCUUGGCGGUCGUUGUGGUUCAGACUUCAGUCGUGGUGAUUGAACAGAAGGCGAAGAAGAGGCUCGUGUUCGUGAUCAACAAGCUCAUGUGGUUGGCCUGUCUGUUCAUAUCCGUCUCGUUCGUGUCUCUCGCCUAUAUCGUGGUGGGUAAGGAAGAGAUGUGGCUCGCGGUCUGCGCCACCGUGAUCGGCGGCUCGAUCAUGGUCACCACCAUCGGUGCCAUGUGUUACUGCGUGGUCAUGCACCGGAUGGAAGAGUCUAAACUCAGGAGCAUAAGGAAGGAGAGGAGCAAGUCACGUUCUUCUUUCUCUCCGUCUCGUAUGGCUUCCGAUUCGGAAAUUCUGAACGGCGAAUACAACAAGAGAAUGUACGCUCUCUGAGAUUUGUCCCGACCGGACAGAAACGAGAGCUCGUCCAUGGAGGAUGUCUGGUUCAGACAAUGUGAUCUUCCUCCCAGAUGUAAAAUGAUGCAUGGAUGAAUCAUUUAUGGUAAUGUAUGUUAUACUCCCUGUGGAAAUUUUUGAUAAAUUAUGCUAAGGACCCCAUGCUUUUGGAAUGUAUUAUUUAAUCUCUAAAUAUAUACAUCUUUGGCCCAACACUUUUCCCA